UUGAUAUUGUUGACGUGGUGUCCAAGAACCGUAACCUGAUGCCACUACUUGUCUUCUUGCUAUCCACACCCUCACUCUAACCUCCAUUCUUCUUCUCUCUGCGUCUUUCCAAUUUCCAGUACAUUCUCGACAUGGGUAGCAAGCUCAUGCAUGCGGUUCAGUACAAUAGCUAUGGUGGAGGACCUUCUGCCUUAAAGCAAGUUGAAGUUCCCAUACCUGCUCCUAGUAAAGAUGAGGUUUUGAUUAAAUUGGAAGCUGCUAGCAUAAAUCCAUUUGAUUGGAAAGUACAGAUAGGCAAGUUGAGGCCACUAUUGCCCCGGAAGUUCCCAUACAUACCUGGCACUGAUAUAGCAGGAGAGGUCGUGGAAAUUGGUCAGGGUGUCAAGAAAUUCAAACCUGGUGACAAAGUUGUCGGCAUGGUUAACCCCUUUAGUGGUGGAGGAGCACUAGCCGAGUUUGCUGUUGUCAAGGAGUUUCUCACUGCUUCAAGACCAUCUGAAAUCAAGGCAUCCGAAUGUGCCGGCUUACCUGUUGCUGGUCUCACAGCACUCCAGGCACUCACCCAAUCCAUAGGGAUCAAACUUGACGGAAGCAGUGAACGGAAAAACAUUUUGAUCACCGCUGCCUCAGGUGGCGUAGGACACUACGCAGUUCAGCUUGCAAAGCUAGGAAACACUCAUGUCACUGCCACCUGUGGAGCUCGCAACGUCGAAUUGAUCAAAAGUUUAGGCGCUGAUGAGGUACUUGAUUACAAGACCCCGGCAGGCACUGCGUUGAAAAGUCCAUCCGGUAAGAAAUAUGAUGGAGUGGUCCACUGUGCAGAGGGCUUUCCUUGGUCCACUUUCGAGCCGAACUUGAGCGUGAACGGGAAGGUUGUGGACAUAACUCCUACUUUGAGUUCAAUGGCGACAUUUGCUCUGAAGAAACUUACCUUUUCCAAAAAGCAACUUGUGCCUUUGCUUUUAGUUCCAAAGGGGAAGGACCUUCAGUAUCUGGUGGAUUUGGUUAAGGAAGGAAAGCUUAGAACAGUUAUAGACUCCAAAUAUCCUCUAACCAAGGCUGCAGAUGCCUGGGCUAAGAGUAUUGAUGGUCAUGCAACUGGGAAAAUAGUUUUGAGCUCUAAAUGUGCACAAUAAUGCUGACUGUAUACAGUACAUUAUAUGAAUUUUAAGGAAUAUCUUGAUAUAAGAGAACCAUGUACAUGCUAUGCAAGAUCUCAAUAAUUUCCACGAAAAAGACAAGAUGAUGUGCCAUGUCUCCUCAACUUGUCUCGUAACAAUAUGCGUGGACUUCAAGUCA